GAUGAGUGGGAAGAUGGCAUCCCCAGACUGCACGCCAAAAUGCCGCUCCAUGCGGCAUGCAGAUGAGGUGGUGGCGGCGCUGACGCGGGGUUCAGAGGGGCGCCUGCGGGCCUUCCUCACCACCCACUGCCACAAUGCAGCCACACUGAGGGACGCCUUCGGUCGCACGGCUCUGCACCUGGCCGCUUCGCUGGGUAAGAGGUCUCUGCUGGAAUGGCUGCUGGAGAGCAAGAGAGCUGACCUCAUGGUGAAGGACAAGGAGUCUGGCUGGACCGCCCUGCACCGCAGCGUCUUCUACGGACACAUCCACUGCCUCAUGUCACUGGUUAAGGUGAGUCUCCCUCUGUGUUUCAGGGAUUCAGAACGAAUGUUUAGAUGACGGAGCCUCCUUUGGCCUCUACAUAAAUGAUUGGUAUGUGGAGGAAGACAUUUAUAUGGCUUCCAUUGGAAGUACUAUUGUACUGUAGCUACUCUAUUCUUGCCCGAUACAUCACUUGCCUACAGCUAGAUGUAGGUAUAGGGAAAUAAUAUUGUCGCUCUAGACUAGAAUGGUGCUUCUGUGUUGCAGCAUGGCGGCAUUCUCUCCACCCAGGAUAAGGAGGGCCUCUCUGUCUUGGACAUAACCAUGAAGGACAGACCAGCACACGUGGUGUUUACAAAGACGGGUGAGGAUCACUUACCAUUUCAUAGCCAUCUCUCAUUUAGACUAUGCAUGAUAAAAAGUGGAUGUUUCUUUAAAGCACAUAGUCACGACAGUUGACAAUUGUUGUUGCCUACAUGGAGAAAAUAGUGUUGAAUUCUUGGCUGUGGCAAGCAUUGUUUUGUAACUUUUGUUUUCUCUCUCCCAGACCCCACUGAGGUUUAUACUUGGGGGAACAACACCAAUUUCAGUCUGGGGCACGGGAACCAGGAGAGCAGGCAUCACCCGGAGAUUGUGGAUCUGUUCGCCCGGACCGGGGUUUAUGUCAAACAGGUAAACAAACCGACUACUGUAGAGAUCCAAUACAUUUUCGGUCUUCGCUCUAUUCUUUUCCUCUUAAGGGAAAGAGAUGUUCUGCCUCUGUUUGCCAACAGCUGUUAUAUAGUCACAUGAGUCAUGAUAGGGCUUCCCUACCUUAAACACCCUAGUCUCCUGGGGCCUCCUCCCUCCACACAGACUUGGCCUCAAUAUAUGGCUCACCAGGGGGAUCCAUCACAACAAUGCUUAUGUAAAAACACGGUUGUCUCACCUGUGUCUCCUGGAUAACAGGCAUGUCACCUGGGUCCCCCCUCCCUGCAAAACAGACCCCCUCCUGGGAUAUUCCCCUCACAACAGGCUGCUCUCCCAGGAACAAUGGGCAUGAGUAGAAACUAGGAAACAAAUGUGUUUGUAUAAAUUGCCAUUGUUCUUAUUGGGUGGUUGUGUACAGUAUAAGGGGUAAAAUGACAGCAAUGGUAACUGGCUAUUAUGUAGCUCUCACAUAACAAUGCUAAAACCACAUCAGGAGACCACUUUUGAGGUCUGGGAAACAUCCAAUGUAGUUACCUUUUAAUUCAAGUGCACAUGCACCUAGCACUGUUUGGUUAGUGUUUCUGUAGCACGUGAUGGAGUUAGCACAACAAAUGCCCACUGGAUUGAUGCAAAUAAUCAUGAAAUGAUUCUACCAGGUAGGCAUAGGUUACUUUUUAGUUAGUUAACAUUUCAUUGAGAAGGUAUUUGGGAAAGCCUUUCCAUCUACCAGAAGACAGUUAUCAUUUGCAUCGCUAUAUUUUUUCCUGUUCCAUAUUUUUUUUGGUGUGGUGGCAACAAUUUAGAGACAGUCCGCCGCUGCUAAAAGAAUAAAGGGGAAACACUGACAUCAUUGUCCUCCUUUCACUAUGGAUUUGGGCGUUUUAGAAAUGGAAAUAUCAGUCGUAGUCUUCUUUGAGUGAGCUGCUGAGUGAGAGAGUGAAUGAAUGAGAGGAUUAGGAGAGGUGCACUAGGGUUGGGUUCUGUGUCUGGCUUUGUCUAGCCCAGCUCUGCAUGGUUAAACCCACGUUGGCUUUAUGUGCGGGCCACUCUACAGUUUCACUGAUGGCCAUGUGGAGGCUCUUAGUGUUAUUACAGCUAUUGUCCGUGUUUGGCCUGCGGGUUCUUUUAUUUGGCCCCUAAUUUUCGGAGCAACAUUUUUUAUUUUAUUUAUUUUCAUUGUUGGACAUAAGACACCAGGAAAUCAGCUCCAAGUGAUUUUAAUUUAAGAAAUCUGUUCCCAAGUAUUCCCAAGCAUAAUAGAGAGACACAUGCUCGUAUACAAAUGUAAGCACGGUUUGAAAUGAUUAUGCUUUAGUCAAACAUUAUCUGUUUGGGCUUUUUGCGUACAAUUUGCAGUCUACAAAUUAUUUGGAAUUAUGUUCCGGCCGCCCGAACAUCUGCUCAACAAAGAAAAUCGGCCGCGGCUGAAUCUAGUUGAUGAUCCCUGGUAUAGAGGGUGCUGAGAGGUCUGAGGAAGAAACCUUGUAAGAUAACUUGGUCUUUUUUAGGUAAUGUUGUAGAGAUGUACAGUGCAUUCGGAAAGUAUUCAGACCCCUUGACUUUUUCCACAUUUUGUCUAGUUACAGCCUUAUUCUAAAAUGGAUUAAAUAGUUGUUUCCCCCCUCAUCAAUCUACACACUACCCCAUAAUGACAAAGCAAAAACAGGUUUUUAGAAAUUUUUGCCAAUUUAUUAAAAAUUAAAAACUGAAGUCACAUUAAGUAUUCAGACCCUUUACUGCGAUUACAGCUUCGAGUCUUCUUGGGUAUGACGCUACAAGCUUGGCACACCUGUAUUUGGGGAGUUUCUCCCAUUCUUCUCUGCAGAUCCUCUCAAGCUCUGUCAGGCUGGAUGGGGAGUGUUUCUGCACAGCUAUUUUCAGGUCUCUCUAGAGAUGUUAGAUCGGGUUCAAGUCGGGGCUCUGGCUGGGUCACUCAAGGACAUUCAGAGACUUGUCCUGAAGCCACUCCUGCGUUGUCUUGGCUGUGUGCUUAGGGUCGUUGUCCUGUUGGAAGGCGAACCUUCGCCCCAAUCUGAGGUCCUGAGCACUCUGGAGCAGGUUUUCAUCAAGGAUCUCUCUGUACCUUGCUCCGUUCAUCUUUCCCUUGAUCCUGACUAGCCUCCCAGUCCCUGCCGCUGAAAAACAUCCCCACAGCAUGAUGCUACCACCACCAUGCUUCACAGUAGGGAUGGUGCCAUGUUUCCUCCAGAUGGUUUCAUCAGACCAGAUAAUCUUGUUUCUCAUGGUCUGAGUCUUUAGGUGCCUUUUGGCAAACUUCAAGCGGGCUGUCAUGUGCCUUUUACUGAGGAGUGGCUUCCAUCUGGCCACUCUACCGUAAAGGCCUGAUUGGUGGAGUGCUGCAGAGAUGGUUGUCCUUCUGGAAGGUUCUCCCAUCUCCACAGACGAACUCUGGAGCUCUGUCAGUGACUAUCGGGUUCUUGGUCACCUCCCUGACCAAGGCCCUUCUCCCCCGAUUGCUCAGUUUGGCCAGGAGGCCAGCUCUAGGAAGAGUCUUGGUGGUUCCAAACUUCUUCCAUUUAAGAAUGAUGGAGGCUACUGUUUCCUUGGGGUCCUUAAAUGCUGCAAUCAUUUUUUGGUACCCUUCUCCAGAUCUGUGCCUCGACACAAUCCUGUCUCAGAGCUCUACGGACAAUUCCUUCGACCUCAUGGCUCGGUUUUUGCUCUGACAUGCACUGUCAACUGUGGGACCUUAUAUAGACAGGUGUGUGCCUUUCCAAAUCAUGUCCAAUCAAUUGAAUUUACCACAGGUGGACUCCAAUCAACUUGUAGAAACAUCUCAAAGAUGAUCAAUGGAGACAGGAUGCAUCUGAGCUCAAUUUAGAGUUUUAUAGCAAAGGGUCUGAAUACUUAUGUAAAUAAGGUAUAUCUGUUUUUUUAAUAAAUUGGCAAACAUUUCUAAACCUGUUUUCGCUUUGUCAUUAUGGGGUAUUGUGUGUGGAUUGAGUAUUUUAUUUUAUUUGACCAAUUUUAGAAUAAGGCCGUAACGUAACAAUGUGGAAAAAGUCAAGGGGUCUGAAUACUUUCCGAAUGCACUGUAUGAGAUAAUGUUGUAAAGAUGUAGACCCUAACUAGGGUUAGAAUCAGUUAGAACUGUUUUCCAGCGGUUAUUUAGACGCUGACAGGAAGGACCUUUUCACAGGGAGCUAUGCUAGUGAAUGCAAUCCUAUGACAUCGUCAGCUCUAGUGCUCUGCUACAGCUCAUAAUGUCAUAGGGUGGCAUGCAUUCCUAGUUUACUACAGAUUUUGACAAGUAUUUGGGUUAGAUACAUUAUUGACACAUCAGAUGUAAUAUUGAAAGGUAAUGACCAAACUUUAGAGUUUCAUAAUUGUCUUAUGGCAGGUUGCUGUUUAGCUUCUAUAUUUUACACACAUUUUCAUGACCUGCACAUUUUCAUGACCUUUGCUCAGUGGGGAGCAGAUCCCAUUUCAAGACCUCUCAGCGACCUACUGGUACCCCUCACGUUGAGGCAAAGAGCCUUUGUCCUCAGUGCAACAGGUGCUGGGUGUAAAAUAUUUAUCCCAGAAUGACAUGCUUUAAUUAAAUGAGCCACGGCUGUGUGUAUGUGUGUAGGGUUGUCUCGUUAUCAAUGUGAUACUCGGGGAAACAUCCCUUUCGCCCUUUUGAGUGCCGGAGGGGAGCGAUGCAUUAGUAAUGAUGUUUACUUUUCCACUUGUGCCCCGGCCUAUAGUACCACCACUAUUUGACUAUUACUACGAGAGGGCUUUGGCCACGGAAAUGGAAAGACACGCACAAUCAACAAUGUCAUACAUGCUGCUGUCUUUUUCUUUGAGAACUUGUAAAGAGAAUUUGACAAUGGAACAAAAUUAUCUCACUGAAUAGACCUAUGUGUUUCCUUUCCUCUCAGGUGGUGCUGUGUAAGUUCCACUCAGUGUUCCUGUCUCAGAAGGGACAGGUGUAUACUUGUGGACAUGGGCAGGGAGGUCGACUGGGACACGGGGACGAACAGACAUAUCUGGUGAGAAUAAUAUACUGUAUUGUAUCUGACCUAUGACCUACUCUGACUGUUUGUGGCCUGAGUGUACCUGGGGUUUAUUUAUCUCCUUCUCCCUCUAUAACAAUAUCUUUUUUUUUACCUGUGUUAACCUGAGUUCAAAUCAUUUUUGAAAUGUGUUUGAGCUUGUCUGGUACAAUGGAACCAAUGGAAUAGUCCCAAAAGUGUGAACUUUAAUAUUGCUCCAUUUGAAGGCACUCCAGGGCAGGCUCAAGCAAACGCUCAAACUAUUUGAUAUAUUAAAAAAACGAUUUGAAGUGAAAUAGGGCAGUGGAUUUUGGGCUCAUGUGCCUAUUUGUCCCCUAUCAUCUGUCAGGUUCCUCGGAUGGUGGAGGGGCUCCUGUCCCAUCACUGCUCCCAGGUGGCUGCAGCCAAGGACCACACGGUGGUGCUGACCGAGGAGGGCUACGUCUAUACCUUUGGCCUCAACACCUUCCACCAGCUGGGCCUGGCUCCCCCGCCCGCCUACAGCCACCUGCCCAAACAGGUAAGAGAGCACCUGGUCAGGCUUGGUGACCAUAUAGAGACAUAGCUAGGCAGCUAGAUAGGGAGUUUUCCCUAACAAUGUGACUGGAGUAGGACAAGCUAAGGGAAAAACUCCUGGGGCCUCAUUUAGCUGUAUGUAUGUAUGUAUGUAUGUAUGUAUGUAUGUGUGUGUGUGUGUAAAAUUUGUCUAUUUGUUAUUAUGACAAAUGCAUAAACAAAACCAAUGCAAUAUUACUUACCUCAGAAAUUGUUUGUUUGCCUGUUCAAUCAACUUAAACCUAUGUAAAUGCUGAAAUCACAGUGACUAAGUGUUAUAUUAAUGAUUUAUGCACAUGCCACUCAUGAUUGAUAAAUGAUUCCCCUGGCCCCCAUCAUAAGACAAACAUGUACACAGAGCAGACACUUGAAAGUGUGGUAUGCUGAAUUAGUGUGGAUUGGUUGUUGACUGAGUUGGUCUUGUCUAAUGGGAUGCAGGUAUUCUCCAAGACCCUUAAAGGCAGGACUGUGAUUGGUGUAGCAGCGGGGAGAUUCCACACAGUGCUGUGGACCAGGGAGGCUGUCUACACAGUUGGACUGAACGGAGGGCAGCUGGGUAAGUCAUGAUGACUGGCACACCAUAGCAAAACAGUGGUUUCCAAUUACCUUGAAGCUAAGCCAAGGCAACUAUAAUGAUAUGCUCUACUAUUCCCCUACCAUGACUGUAUAUAUGGUGAUGGUUGACUUUUGACCUCUAGGCUACCUGUUGGACCCCAACGGGGAGAGGUGUGUGACUGCGCCUCGCCAGGUGUCCGCCCUCUACCACAAGGAUGUCACCAUCACCAUGGCAGUGGCCAGUAAUGGGGCAACGUUGGUGGUGACAGAGAAGGGAGAUAUCUACCUGCUGGCUGACUAUCAGUGCAAGAAGUUGGCAUCCAGGUGACUACACCGAUAGUGGAGAAGUGACUACCUUGGUUGGGGUCAAUUCCAUUUCAAUUCAGUCAACUCAGGAAGUAAACUGCAAUUCCAAUUUCUCAUUGAGAAGAAUUGUAAUACAAAUUUCAGUUUACUUCCUGAAUUGACCGAAUUCCCAUUAACAUUUUCUUUAUGAGAGAGAGAUGACAUUAAGUCGAUCUAAUUAGCAUAAAAUAAUACAGUUUAAGCUAGAGAUAUCUGUUUUGCAUUGGAUGCAUCUCAAUCCACCGGAUCCGCCUAUGUAACACUUCUCAAUCCACCGGAUCCGCCUAUGUAACACUUCCGCAUUUGCGGUGAAAGGUGACAGAGCUAGAAUAGUGUUUGUCAGACCAUCGUGAAAAUUGGUCUUCUCACAAAAUGGUCUGUAGCGUCCAACCGGUUUAGCCUACAAACUAUUAUGACCCCUCUAUGGAAAGAUGAGACUCUCACGAACACGAUGGUGUUUGCUCUAUGACCCCUACAAGCGUCUUGGGAUCGUCUGAAGUCGGUACAGCCGAUCUGCCAACUUCUCAACGAACACGUACAUGUCGGUUGUUUUGCUCUAAUCUAAAAAUACGGGGUUAAAUACAUGUAUCUCUCAGAUAUAGGGUAGGCACUUCAGAACAAACUUUUUUGGGGGACUAUCUGUUGUUUCAUGUAGUGAAUCUGUUAUUCUAUGCGUUUUAUAUGGGCUAAUAGCAGUAAGGCCCAAAAUAAUUGUUCAUCAAAUAAUUUUUUAUACAAAAAAUAUAUACUUCAAGGGGUCUUAAAAUUCCAAAUCAAAUAGCAAAAUUAUCCUUGGUAUGACCUUCUUAAAACAAUUCCAUAAAGCUUAGUAGUUACCCCCUCCCCCAUCUUAGAAAGGGCUUAGACUUAUGGGUUAACUGGAGAGAGAGCGAGAGAUAUGUGAUGAUCAUGAUCAUUCUGCUCAGUCACUCGCUCUCCGUCAACUCAUAGUUUUUCUUUCCCAUGCCCGAUGCCUCUCUUUCAGGCAACUGAACAUCAGGAAGGUCCUUGUGAGCGGAGGCAGCCUGGACCAUCGUGUGGACCCCCAGGUCCUGAACGAGGGAGGGGGAGAGAAGGUGGCCAUCCUGGCCCUGGAUGAAGCUGGGAGGGUAAGGUCCAGCUGGGUCGGAUACAUUGAAAAAUACCAAAUACUUAGUGUUGACAAGCUACAGUCCAUUUGUUGGUGGAUUCUUAAUGUGCAAACGAUUCACUCCAUAUGAAGUUUGGAUGAUGAUGAGAUGUGUGUUGAUCUGUAUGAUCUUUUGUGUUUAUUCAAUGUAUUUGUUGUCGCCACACACUGACAAUGUCUUUCUAAUUGUCCCUCUGGAUUAUUAAAGUUGUAUUGAUUUCUCUCUCUCUCCAUCAGGUGUUCUGCUGGCGUUCAGUAGGCGGUUCAGUGAGACAAUGCAGGUGGGCGUACGGGCGCCAGUUGUUCAUGUCAGACAUCGCCCUGAGCAGGAACAACAUGAUGUUUGUCACACAGGAAGGGGAGGGCUUCAGCGGACUGUGGCACGGAGAGUACAGGAAGAGCGUGGAGAAGAAAGGUGAGAUGAGAAAGGACAUCGUGAAAAUUGGUCUUCUCAAUAAUCGUCUGUAGCGUCCGACCGGUUUGGCCUACAAACUAUUAUGACCCCUCUAUGGAAAGAUGACUCUCACGAACACGAUGGUGUUUGCUCCACGACCCCUACAAGCGUCUUGGGACUCGUCUGAAGUCGGUACAGCCAAUCUGCCAACUUCUCACGAACACGUACAUGUCGGUUGUUUUGCUCUAAUUUAUGUAACUACUUGACCAAAGUUAUGUGGAGACCUACUCGUCGAACAUCUCAUUCCAAAAUCAUGGGCAUUAAUAUGGAGUUGGUCCCCCCCUUUGCUGCUGUAACAGCCUCCACUCUUCUGGGAAGGCUUUCCACUAGAUGUUGGAACAUUGCUUUGUGGACUUUCUUCCAUUCAGCCUCGAGCUUUAGUGAGGUCGUGCACUGAUGUUGGGUGAUUAGGCCUGGCUCGCAGUCUGCAUUCCAAUUCAUCCCAAAGGUGUUCGAUGGGGUUGAGAUCAGGGCUCUGUGCAGGCCAGUCAAGUGCUUUUACACACCGAUCUUGAUAAACCAUUUCUGUAUGGACCUCGCUUUGUGCAUGGGGGCAUUGUCAUGCUGAAAGAGGAAAGGGCCUUCCACAAAGUUGGAAGCACAGAAUCGUCUAGAAUGUCAUUGUAUGCUGUAGCCUUCAGAUUUCUCUUCACUGGAACUAAGGGGCCUAGCCCGAACCAUGAAAAACAGUCCCAGACCAUUAUUCCUCCUACACCAAACUUUACAGUUGGCACUAUGCAUUCGGUCAGGUAGCGUUCUCCUGGCAUCCACCAAACCCAGAUCUGUCUGUCGGACUGCCACAUGGUGAAGCGUGAUUCAUCACUCCAGAGAACACGUUUCCACUGCUUCAGAGUCCAAUGGCGGCAAGCUUUACACCACUCCAGCCGACGCUUGGCAUUGCGUCAGCUCUAGUGCUCUGCUACAGCUCAUAAUGUCAUAGGGUGGCAUGCAUUCCUAGUUUACUACAGAUUUUGACAAGUAUUUGGGUUAGAUACAUUAUUGACACAUCAGAUGUAAUAUUGAAAGGUAAUGACCAAACUUUAGAGUUUCAUAAUUGUCUUAUGGCAGGUUGCUGUUUAGCUUCUAUAUUUUACACACAUUUUCAUGACCUGCACAUUUUCAUGACCUUUGCUCAGUGGGGAGCAGAUCCCAUUUCAAGACCUCUCAGCGACCUACUGGUACCAAGGUGAUCUUAGGCUUGUGUGCGGCUGAUCGGCCAUAGAAACCCAUUUCAUGAAGCUCCCAACGAACAGUUCUUGUGUUGACGUUGCUUCGAGGCAGUUUGGAACUCGGUAGUGAGGGUUGCAACCGAGGACAGACGAUUUUUACGCACUACGCGCUUCAGCACUCGGCGGUCCCAUUCUGUGAGCUUGUGUGUCCUACCACUUUGAGGCUGAGCCGUUGUUGCUACUAGACGUUUCCACUUCACAAUAACAGCACUUACAGUUGACUGGGGCAGCACUAGCAGGGCAGAAAUGUGACGAACUGACUUGUUGGAAAGGUGGCAUCCUACGACGGUGCCACGUUGAAAGUCACUGAGUUCUUCAGUAAGGCCAUUCUGCUGCCAAUGUUUGUCAAUGGAGAUUUAAACACGUCAGCAACAGGUGUGUCUGAAAUGGCCGAAUCCACUAAUUUGAAGGGGUGUCCACAUACUUUUGUAUAUAUAGUGUAUAUAUGGAGACUGUUUAGUGACAAGAAUAAGGGGUUAAAUACAUGUAUCUCUCAGAUAUAGGAUAGGCACUUCAGAACAAACUUUUUGGGGGGACUAUCUGUUGUUUCAUGUAGUGAAUCUGUUAUUCAAUGUGUUUUGUAUGGGCUAAUAGCAGUAAGGCCCAAAAUAAUUGUUCAUCAUAUAUUUUUUUAAUAAAACAAAUAUAUACUUCAAGGGGUCUUAAAAUUCCAAAUCAAAUAGCAAAAUGAUCCUUGGUAUGACCUUCUUAAAACAAUUCCAUAAAGCUUAGUAGUUACCCCCUCCCCCAGCUUAGAAAGGGCUUAGACUCUUAUGGGUUAACAGGAGAGAGAGCGAGAGAUAUGUGAUGAUCAUGAUCAUUCUGCUCAGUCACUCGCUCUCCAUCAACUCAUAGUUUUUCUUUCCCAUGCCCGAUGCCUCUCUUUCAGGCAACUGAACAUCAGGAAGGUCCUUGUGAGCGGAGGCAGCCUGGACCAUCGUGUGGACCCCCAGGUCCUGAACGAGGGAGGGGGAGAGAAGGUGGCCAUCCUGGCCCUGGAUGAAGCUGGGAGGGUAAGGACCAGCUGGGUCGGAUACAUUGAAAAAUACCAAAUACUUAGUGUUGACUAGCUACAGUCCAUUUGUUGGUGGAUUCUUAAUGUGCAAACGAUUCACUCCAUAUGAAGUUUGGUUGAUGAUGAGAUGUGUGUUGAUCUGUAUGAUCUUUUGUGUUUAUUCAAUGUAUUUGUUGUCGCCACACACUGACAAUGUCUUUCUAAUUGUCCCUCUGGAUUAUUAAAGUUGUAUUGAUUUCUCUCUCUAUCAGGUGUUCUGCUGGCGUUCAGUAGGCGGUUCAGUGAGACAAUGCAGGUGGGCGUACGGGCGCCAGGUGUUCAUGUCGGACAUCGCCCUGAGCAGGAACAACAUGAUGUUUGUCACACAGGAAGGGGAGGGCUUCAGCGGACAGUGGCACGGAGAGUACAGGAAGAGCGUGGAGAAGAAAGGUGAGAUGAGAAAAUUGUUUAAUAAUGAUACCUCUGAGUACUACAAGUACUCUUUCACACUUUCCUCUUUUAUAUGUAUGGUGGAUGAUUAACUUCAUGAAGUAUGGAAAAAUAGUAUACAAGACUUAGAUUCAAAAGUACUCUUUUGCACUCUUGAACGUAAGUAAUGUUGUUUACUAUUUUAAUCAUUGGGAAGUAAGUUAGAAUCACUGCAUUGUCAUUUGACUAAACCAUUUCUCCCUUGUGUGCUUUAGAUGGUAGUGUGGAGGUGUGUGGUCUCCCUGAGGGUGGAACUGUGUACGAGCGAAUCCGCUUGGAGAAGCUCCCCUACGUCCACCGUGCGGUCAGCAUCACCAUGGACUCCAAGGGACGCAACUUUGGAGUGCUGCAGUCGGACCCCAAAACCAGGUACUGUUCCUCUCUGUGUGUUGUCGCACCUUUAUAACAUUUGAACUAUGUCUUCAUUAGGCCACACCGUAACAAGAAGUUUUGAAAUGGACAAGAAGUGUUUGUUAUUGGGUAAAUUCAGAUAGUACAUCCCUGUUUAACAAAUUUUUUUAGCAUUUCGUACCUAGUGAACGUGACCCUGAUCUCUCUCCUUCCCCCACCCAGCCUGUAUGAGAUUCCCAGCGUAUCUCGCUCCUCCUUCUCCCAACACUUCCGGAACCUGCUGGAGGAAGCGGACGAGACGGAUAGCAUUCAUGACGUGACCCUGCAGGCCGGAGACCGCACCUUCCCCGCCCACAAGUACCUCCUGUCCAUGAGGUCCGAGUUCUUCAGGAAGCAGCUGGUGCCAGACUGGGAGGAGGGAGACGGGGAGGUGAGGAGGAGCGAGGACGCGGUGGGUUGUGACCUGCUGGUGCUGGAGAAGGUGAGCCCUGAGAUGCUGGAGCACGCCCUGAAGUUCAUCUACACCGAUUUCUGUGAGCUGCUGGUGCAGGACCACCGGCCACGAGUCUUCGGCCAGAAACAGAAUCAACAUGGCCCAGACCCGGAGCAGGAGCAUCUGAUCAGCAGCCUGCAGGACCUGAGCUUCCAUGAGGGCAACCUGAGGGGCUGCUCGGCCCUGGAGGUGUACUGCUCGCUGACCCCCUCUGCCCGAGGGGACGGAGACAAGCCCAAAAGCAAGGGCACCAAGCCUGGGAAAAAAGGCAAGGGAGGCAAGGCCGGAGCUGGAGAGGGAGGAAGAGUCAACCCGGUCAAGACCUUACAGGGUGUGGCCAAGAAGCUGGGCAUGGGCAGUCUGUCGGCACGGUGAGGACUGAGUUGGUUAUUAUUGUUGUCCCCCGCGAUUAAAUCGUGGAGGGGACUGUGGGUCUGUCUCCGUCCGUUAGUACGUACGUCACGUACGAUUUUGACGAAACUUGGGUGAAUGAUGCUUCUUGCCAUAGAGAUCUGGCAUUCACAAAAUUACCCUGAUUGGCCCAAGGGGUCGCUAUAGUAAUCAACUGUACGUACGUUUGUCACACGCAAAAUCUCAGACACCAUUGGCCUGAUUUUGGGGGGUGUGGGGGUCUACUAAGCUAAGAUAUGGAAUUGUUUUAAGAUGGUUAUACCAUGGAUCAUUUAGCUAUUUGAUUUGGAAUUUUAGGACCCCAUUAGGUAUAAAAAAAGAUAUACAGUACCAGUCAAAAGUUUGAACACACCUACUCAUACAACGGUUUUUCUUUAUUUUUACUAUUUUCUACAUUGUAGAAUAAUUGUGAAGACAUCAAAACUAUGAAGUAACUCAUGGAAUCAUGUAGUAACCAAAAAAGUGUUAAACAAAUCAAAAUAGAUUUUAGAUUAUUCAAAGUAGCCACCCUUUGCCUUGAUGACAGCUCUGCACACACUUGGCAUUCUCUCAACCAACUUCACCUGGAAUGCUUUUCCAACAGUCUUGUAGGAGUUCCCACAUAUGCUGAGCACUUGUUGGCUGCUUUUCCUUCACUCUGCGGUCCAACUCAUCCCAAACCAUCUCAAUUGGGUUGAAGUCGGGUGAUUGUGGAGGCCAGGUCAUCUGAUGCAGCACUCCAUCUCUCUCCUCCUUAAUCAAAUAGCCCUUACACAGCCUGGAGGUGUAUUGGGUCAUUGUCCUGUUGAAAAACAAAUGAUAGUCCCACAAAGGCAAACCAGAUGGGAUGGCGUAUCGCUGGAGAAUGCUAUGGUAGCCAUGCUGGUUAAGUGUGCCUUGAAUUCUAAAUAAAUCACUGACAGUGUCUCCAGAAAACACCCCCACACCAUCACACCUCCUUCUCCAUGCUUCACGGUGGGAACUACACAUGCAGAGAUCAUCCGUUCACCUACUCUGCGUCUCACAAAGACACGGCGGUUGGAACCAAAAAUCUAAAAUAUGGACUCAUCAGGCCAAAGGACACAUUUCCACCGGUCAAAUGUCCAUUGCUCUUGUUUCUUUGCCCAAGCAAGUAUCUUCUUCCUAUUGGUGUCCUUUAGUAAUGGUUUCUUCGCAGUAAUUCGACCAUGAAGGCCUGAUUCACGCAGUCUCCUCUGAACAGUUGAUGUUGAGAUGUCUGUUACUUGAACUCUGUGAAGCAUUUAUUUGGCCUGCAAUCUGAGGCUGGUAACUCUAAUGAACUUAUCCUCUGCAGCAGAGGUAACUCUGGGUCUUCCUUACCUGUGGCGGUCCUCAUGAGAGCCAGUUUCAUCAUAGCGCUUGAUGGUUUUUGGGACUGCACUUUCAAAGUUCUUGAAAUGUUCCAGAUUGACUGACCUUCAUGUCGUAAAGUAACGAUGGACUGUCAUUUCUCUUUGCUUAUUUGAGCUGUUCUUGCCAUAAUAUGGACUUUUACCAAAUAGGGCUAUCUUCUGUAUACCCCCCUACCUUGUCACAACACAACUGAUUGGCUCAAAUGCAUUACAAAGGAAAGAAAUUCCACAAAUAAACUUUUAACAAGGCACACCUGUUAAUUGAAAUGCAUUCCAGGUGACUACCUCAUGAAACUGGUUGAGAGAAUGCCAAGAGUGUGCAAAUCAAGGCAUUGAAUUUGGCCUUUUGCUAUUAGCCUUAGAAACGCAUUGAAUAACAUAUUCAUAAUGGCAAAACAGAUAGUCAAAACAUUUAUCAAAAGGAAGUAUGGUUUGAGAGGUCUCAAAUGCAUCUGAAAUACAGUAUAUAGGAAAGCAUAAAAAAAAAGGUUACGUGUGUUACCCUGGUCCCAAAAAAUCCUAUUCAUAUUCAGUCAUUUUUUACGGGGUUACCUUGAGACGAGUCUCGUGAAACUUGGGGGCAUCGUAGAGCAAAACAUAGAACACGGUCGUGAGGGUCUCAGCUUUCGACGGUGGGGUCAUAUUAGUUUGUAGUUCAAACCAUUUGGACUUUACAAAAGUUUUUUUGGAUACCUGUUCGCAGUUGGGAUGCUGGUGUUAGCGACUUGAGAUGAGUCCUGUGAAGCUUGUGGAUGUCGUAGAGCAAGACGGAGAACCCGUUCGUGUUCAAAUAGUUUCUAGCCCAAAUCGUUCGGACACUGCAGACGUUUCGUGAGAUAAACACCGCUGUAGCUCUGCCACCUUCCACCGCAGAUGCGGAAGGCCGACAUCGGCGGAUGCGUUGGAUUGAGACACAGCCCAUGCAAAAAACGUAUUCACUUCGUCAGAUUUUGAUGGCAAUGUUGUAUUAUGCUAAUUAGAUUUCAGCACGGGCAUCGACCUUAUGGGGGUUUGUUAAAUACAGAUUUACUAUACAUUUAUUACAGUUUGGAUGGAGUGAAGUAUGAAAACGGGAAGAUCAAUGUAGUGCAUAAGAAGAUGGGCAACAAGCCACGAUUCAACCAGAAAAAGUGGUGAGUAAUUGCCAUGUGGCAGAUUACCUGAGACAAUGUUGUGUUCAUAGAAAGAUAAUUACUAGAACGGACAUUCCCAUUCAAGUCAAUGUUCUGUGAUUCUAUUCAAUUGUUGUGUCCUUGUCAGAUGACAUUCAGAUAUUCAGAGAGGAGAUAUUGUUCAGUCUAAGUUGUAUUUGUGUCUCUCCCAAGCUCCUACCUCUGUGAUGUCACUCUGAGGUCUGAGGAUGGCAAGGAGUUCCCCUGUCACAAGUGUGUACUGUGUGCCAGACUCGGUGAGCUACAAUGUGUCAACAUAUUGUUGCGUUUCUUGGAGUGUGAGGGGUGAACUGUGGGUUCAGGUUAUUCAAGGUUGUAGACAUCUGACACUACAUUUGCCAGUCAUUUGUUAAAGCUAUGGGGCCAGUUUUCCAUACACAGAUUAAGCCUCGUGCUGGACUAAAAAGCAUGCUCAAUGGAGAAUCUCAAUUGUGUCUGGGAGAUGAUUUGAAAAGGAUUCUUGAAAAUUGAUUGUAAACAUGUCAUGUAUGUGUUUCAGAGUACUUCCACAGUAUGCUGGGGAACCCCUGGAUAGAGGUAUGUCAUGUUAUGUUUUGCCAUGUCUUUGAUGGUAUUUCAUAUUUGUCAAUCCGUAUUAGUUUAUACAAUUAUAAAAUGGCUGUUUUAGUUGCUGGCAAUUGGAGGUCUUGCUCAUUGUACACUAAUAUUGCCAGAAGUAACCAUUGACUCUUUGGCUCUGAAAACGUUGUCUGGCAUUGUUCUUGAGUAAUACCUGUGCUGCUACUUGUGAUCAGUGUUGGUAAUGUAGUUGUUGUGUGCCACCCACAGGCCACUUCUUGUAGUGCACUGGAGAUGCCCACCAGCUCAGAGAUACUGCAGGUCAUCCUAGAAUAUGUCUACACUGACGAGUGUCCCACUAUCAAAGGUACACAGAACACACCAGAUCAUGCAUAUACAACCUGUACACACACACAUACUCAGUGAAAAAUGCUUAGGGACUAUGGAUGGGAAUUAGCUCUUUUGCUAACUUGGGUACAUAUACAGUGAUGUGAACACUGAAAUGUUGAUAAAUGUGCGCUGUCCCUGUCAAAUAAGUGCAUUAAAUAAAUAUUGAGUUAAAAAUAAUUAUCAUGUGGCUAACCAUAAUGAUAUUUAUGAACCUCAUCAUGUUGACUCCGAUCUUGAUGCACAAGGUAGUUAGUUGAAUGCUACAUAGUGGAAGCUAAAAGUCUGUCUCUAUCCUCUUCCAGAGACUCUGAAUGUAGAGUUUGUCUGCAACGUGUUGGUGGUGGCCGAUCAGCUUCUCAUCACCCGACUGAAGGAGAUGUGUGAAGUGGCCAUUACUGAGAACCGUACGUCCUCUCAUCUUCCUUCUGUCCUCUUAGCCCUCUCUUCCCUCAUUUCCUCUCUUAUUCCUCUGUCCUCUCCUCUCUCAUGCCUGUGUGGUGGAAAUUCAACACCAGGCACACCUGAAGUCAAUAUUAAAUGAAUCACUCUUUAUUAUCACGGCCGGAGAGGUUCACAAACUCAAUCCAAGCUUGAUGAAAACUCUGAAAAGGACGUUCCCUUUCAGUCUUUAUAUACUGCUACACAAACAAGUCAUAUAUGCAUGAUUUACAUUAUUCAUUAUUAACAUUGGUUCCUGCAUGUGACUGACUGAUACCUCACGAGGCUUCUUCUCUCAAAGCUGGGACCUUGAAACUGAGAUACUCCUUUUAGUUCCCAGAGCAAUGUUCUGGGCGUACUGCCAAAUUGCUUAUCAGUGAUAUUAUGGUUUACUCCUGUGUGUGGUCAAUCCGUCACUCGCAUGAACCCAACCAAGACAUGUAAUUACAAAGCAGCAUUAUUUUAAACGUAUGAUCUGAUACACACAGAGAGAGAAUUUCCAUCACACCUGUCAACAUGAUAUGAAACUGCUUUGUUGUCUCACUUGUGUGAGAGCACUGUCCUGGUUUUUAAAAACAGCUUCCUCUGUCUCCUCAGUGACUCUGAAGAACGCUGCAGAGCUGCUGCAGUUUUCUGCCAUGUACAACGCUGAGCAGCUCAAACUGUCCUGCAUCCAGUUCAUCGUGCUCAACAUGGCUGCCCUGCUCGAGUCCAAGUGAGUGUGUAUACCGUAUCUGUGUUUUUAGUGUGUUCCAUUUGUAUGUAUGGCUUAUGUUGUUAUGUGAACAUGCUUACAGAGGCUGUAUAGUUCUUAGGAAACCGAUGAUGAUUCACCCUCUCGCUCUUUCUUUCCUUCCCCCUCCCCUCUCUCUAACCCUCCCUCCCUCUCUAACUUUAUAUAUCUGUAUCUCUCGCUGUAUCUCUUCAGAGCGCUGGAUAUCCUGAGUGAUGACGUGCUGGUGGAGCUCUCUGCCUCCUACAGGAGGAUGGUGAGUCAUUUCCCCUCAGUGCCAUGACCAUACCUGCAUCAACUGUAUAGUGAGUUACCUGGCAUAUGUUCAUUAGGGGAACUCAACAGAGAACUUUUCCAAACAAAAAAUAGGGUUUCUUAUUGGAGGGUUUCUCAGAUAGUCCCACCCUGUUUCACUCUCUUCAUCCAUUUGAUGCCUACUGAAAACGACCCUGGGUUCUGAACUGAAAACGACCCUGGGUUCUGAACUGAACACGACCGUCGGUUCUGACGAACUGACCUGUUACCAUCCUGUUCCUGUCAGAUUCCGGCCAUGCAGAAGCGACUGAUCACGCCUUACCCAGACGGCCCGGACCUCAGUGUGUACGAGGACGAGGACUGGGACUCUUCAUUCAGCUCUAAAGCUGACACUGAACUGGACUACUCCUGCAGGUACUAUCUAUCAAACUACUGUACAACACUGUGGCUGCAUCUCAUUCCACAAAGUUGCUCCCUCGUUCACUCCCCGUCAUGAAUGAGAUGGGACUGAAUUGGUGCUGAAACUAGGUUCCAAUGUUUUGGAAUGAAAUGCAUCCACCCAAUAACCUCCCUAACAUUUGAACCGUGGUCGAACUUGUUCCUCUUCAUCAUUCUCCUCCUCUCAGGGAGACUCUGUUGAAGAAGGCUAAGUUGAAGGCCAAGAGAAAGCCUAGGCGACGCUCCGACAGCUCAGGGGGUUACACCCUUUCUGACAUCAUCCAGAGCCCACCCGCUGCAGGUAGAACACACACACCCUCACCCAUCCUCACUCACACACACACACACACACACACACACACUGUGUCACGGCACGCAAUAAUUAUUUCCUUUCAUUGGAGUUGGGCUGAUAUGGAUUAUGAUAUGUCUCUUCUAGUCUCAGUCCUCUCUCCCAGCCUGGUGAAGUCAGGAAAGACCAACUCCAUGGAGUCUCUGCAGGAGCUGAUGACAUCUGACUCUGAGGGCAGUUACAUGGGUGUGGGCAGCCCCCGAGACCUCCAGUCCCCCGUGUUCCACGACAGGCCCGAGGAGGAGAGGGCUGGAGGAGGUCCCAGGCUGAAGACUCCCCCCAGCACCCCCACCACCACCAUGAGGAACAGCCUCCCCGCCGGACCCCCAAAGAGUUCUGCUCCAGAGCCCAUCCCCAAAGUCACAGCCAGGUGAGCCAGGUCACUGUGGACCAGGUCAGGGGUCAGGGGUGGAACUUUAUGUGACCUUGUGUCGUUUCUCUCUCCAGUCCUGCUCUGCCACUUCCUGUCUUGGCCCUCAGGGCCAUCAUGGAUAUGGAGGCCAGCUCGAAGACACAAAGUCUCGGAGCCACUCCCAAAAGUCCUGGCAGUGUUGGCAGCAGCAGCAAGCAGUCCCCUCUCCCAGCCAAGCUCUCCCAGAAGCAGAGGAAGAUGAUCGCCAUGGCAACCAAGGAGGGCAGUGCAGAGUGUGCCCUGUCCAAAUCGGCACCAGUCAUUACUCCCCUGAAGAGCGCGAAAGCAUGGUAAGCUCCCCUCCAUAAGGAACGCUCCUGAAAUCAGAGCCAGCACAGAAGGUGGUGGGUUGUUGCGACAGUCCCUAUGUAAUAGAGUAGGUCCUCUCCCGGUCUCUCAUUUGUGUUGAAGAUGUUGUUUCAUGUACAAAUACAAAAUCUGCCUAUUCCCUCAGCUGUUAGUAAAAGUAGUACUUUUUAAUGCUCAGAAGUAGCACUUUUGAUGAUCAAAUGUUGUUGAAUGUGGUUCCGCCUCUCUCCUCUCCUAAGGGCCACUCCAGUCCAGACACCCCCUUCGUCUCAGGCGUUCCGGGACCUCUUGGUGGAGGAGGAGAGGCGGGUCAGGAAUGUGGGGCCAGGGGCCCCGGGAAGGCUAGUAGCUCAAGGGCCUCCAGUCUCUGCUGUCAGGAGGGUCACCUUCAAAUGUACUGCUGAGCCCCCCAGCGAGCCAGAGAGACCCGCCGGGUAAGACUAUGCACAGACAGACGGACGGACGGACGGACGGACGGUCAUAUUUUAUGUUCAUCAUCACCAACACGCAUACAGAGGUGUACAUCAUAUAAACACACAAUAUAGAGGAGUACACUAGCAUUUGUGUAUGGUCAAGGGAUGAAUGCCCUUAUUCUCCCGAGUGGCGCAGUGGUCUAAGGCACUGCAUCGCAGUGCUAGCUGUGCCACUAGAGACCUGGUUCGAAUCCAGGCUCUGUCGUAGCCAGCCGUGACCGGGAGACCCAUGGGGCGGCGCACAAUUGGCCCAGCGUCGUCCAGGGUAGGGGAGGGAAUGGCCAGCAGGGAUGUAGCUCAGUUGGUAGAGCAUGGCGUUUGUAACGCCAGGGUUGUGGGUUCGAUUCCCACGGGGGGACAGUAUAAAAAAAAAAUAUUAAAAAGAAUGUAUGCACUCACUAACUGUAAGUCGCUCUGGAUAAGAGCGUCUGCUAAAUGACUAAAAUGUAAAUGUAAAUGGCCGAUGAAUCAAUGAACUAGUCCUCUACCCAAAAGUACCAGUGUUGUCCACUAGAUGUCUCUGUGUUGCCAUGCUCAUGCAGCUUCCUGUUUCUUUCAAAGACAGGAAUCUGACACAAUAACAGCUCUAAUAGCAUCAAUGUCAUUUGGUUACCUUGGUGAGGCACAAAUUCGUUGAAGCAAGAAGAUAGUAAAGCUUGUAUCUACGGUGAUUGUGCCAUAAUUAGGCCUAUGUUUUAGCUGAUGGUUAACCAUACAGGAAUUCAGUUAAAUCUGUGUGUGAGGGAUCUCUUUAGAAUAAACUUGGUCACUAAGAAAGCGGCAACAAUAGAAGAAUGCGGUAGUGACUUGCAGAGAGUUUAUCUUUAUGAUGAUUCUCAGUUAUUCCAAAGGGAAGCAAAGGAAAGAAGGAAUAAUGAUUUGGAGGACUUUUUAUACAGAGAAUUUAGAGUUGAUUAUGUUAAGCUUUACUGUCCAAAUGAAACGCUCUGGAGGGUGGUUUCCCAGGCACGGAUUAAGCCAAGAGAUUCUCCAUUGACCAUGAGUUUUAGUCCAGGACUAGGCUAGUCCGGGAAAACAGCCCUGAAAGUCUCUGGUUUGCUUGAGCAGGUGCAUCUGAAAUGUUCAAAUGUCAUUGGAAGGUAAGAAGCUCCUGCACACUGGGCUUUUUUAUUUUAUUUUAUUUUUUAUUUAACCUUUAUUUAACCAGGUAAACCAGUUGAGAACAAGUUCUCAUUUACAACUGCGACCUGGCCAAGAUAAAGCAAAGCAGUGCGAUAAACAACAACACAGAGUUACAUAUGGGGUAAACAAAACAUAAAGUCAAAAAUACAACAGAAAAUAUAUAUACAGUGUGUGCAAAUGUAGCAUGUUAUGGAGGUAAGGCAAUAAAUAGGCCAUAGUGCAAAAUAAUUACAAUUUAGUAUUAACACUGGAAUGAUAGAUGUGCAAGAGAUGAUGUGCAAAUAGAGAUACUGGGGUGCAAAUGAGCAAAAUAAAUAACAAUAUGGGGAUGAGGUAGUUGGGUGGGCUAAUUUCAGAUGGGCUGUGUACAGGUGCAGUGAUCGGUAAGGUGCUCUGACAACUGAUGCUUAAUGUUAUUGAGGGAGAUAAGAGUCUCCAGCUUCAGAGAUUUUUGCAGUUUGUUCCAGUCAUUGGCAGCAGAGAACUGGAAGGAAUGGCGGCCAAAGGAGGUGUUGGCUUUGGGGAUGACUAGUGAGAUAUACCUGCUGGAGCGCAGACUACGGGUGGGUGCUGCUAUGGUGACCAAUGAGCUAAGAUAAGGCGGGUAUUUGCCAAGCAGUGAUUUAUAGAUGACCUGGAGCCAGUGGGUUUGGCGACGAAUAUGUAGUGAGGACCAGCCAACAAGAGCGUACAGGUCACAGUGGUGGGUAGUAUAUGGGGCUUUGGUGACAAAACGGAUGGCACUGUGAUAGACUACAUCCAAUUUGCUGAGUAGAGUGUUGGAGGCUAUUUUGUAAGGAUCGGUAGGAUAGUCAGUUUAACGAGGGCAUGUUUGGCAGCAUGAGUGAAGGAGGCUUUGUUGCGAAAUAGGAAGCCGAUUCUAGAUUUAAUUUUGGAUUGGAGAUGCUUAAUGUGAGUCUGGAAGGAUGGUUUACAGUCUAACCAGACACCUAGGUAUUUGUAGUUGUCCACAUACUCUAGGUCAGACGCGCCGAGAGUAGUGAUUCUAGUCGGGUGGGUGGGUGCCAGCAGCGUUCGAUUGAAGAGCAUGCAUUUAGUUUCACUAGUGUUUAAGAGCAGUUGGAGGCUACGGAAGGAGUGUUGUAUGGGCGUUGAAGCUCGUUUGGAGGUUUGUUAAGUGUCCAAUGAAGGGCCAGAUGUAUACAAAAUGGUGUCGUCCGCAUAGAGGUGGAUCCGAGCGUCACCAGCAGCAAGAGCGACAUCAUUGAUAUACACAGAGAAAAGAGUCGGCCCGAGAAUUGAACCCUGUGGCACCCCCAUAGAGACUGCCAGAGGUCCAGACAACAGGCCCUCCGAUUUGCCACAUUGAACUCUAUCUGAGAAGUAGUUGGUGAACCAGGCGAGGCAGUCAUUUGAGAAACCAAGGCUAUUUAGUCUGCCAAUAAGAAUGCGGUGGUUGACAGAGUCGAAAGCCUUGGCCAGAUCGAUGAAGACGGCUGCACAGUACUGUCUAUUAUCGAUCGCGGUUAUAAUAUCGUUUAGGACAUUGAGCGUGGCUGAGGUGCACCCAUGACCAGCUCGGAAACCGGAUUGCAUAGCGGAGAAGGUAUGGUGGGAUACUUGCAAAGUAUCACCUUUAUUGAUGGCUAAAAGCUCUGACGUGGUUGUAACAUUAUCCAUCAAUAAAAGCCUAAAAGGCUCAUAAUAAUUAGACUAAAAGAAAGGCUAGUAAGGCUAAUAAGCAUAGCCUUCUCCUCUACUACACACACUCUCGUGAAACUCCUGCCUACAUAGGUGCAAAGUGAUCUAUGCAGACGCACAGAUGGCGAUAAAAAUGCUGCACUCAUCAUUGUUUUAGCGAGAGGAAAAUAUCGCCCUAACUCCCUUCGAUAAGCCUGCCCUGAAAUUUUAGGCAACCAAUCACAGCACUCCAAGGGAUAGCAACUGUCGUCGAGUCCAACACCUCCGACAAGCUCAUGAACGCAUGAAAGGCAGUGGGAAAAACUGAGUUCAAAUAUAUAUAUAUAUGUUUUUUACUUCCUUUUUCACUGUGAUUACUGAAAUGCAGAGCCUCUUGGAGUAUUUUUCUAAUACGAAAUUAUACUUUGCUAGCUCAACUGGUUAGCUAGCUCUGUUUCAUUGAGCACCAAACGUUGCUAGCUAGCGAACUACUUAAUAUAACUUGUUUCCUUUAAGUUUAUGUUGGCAAUAUUAGGAAAAUUACUUAUCUGCUGUCGACAUCAGCAAACGUUUUGAGAGCACUUAUUAGCCCCAAAAGUGGUUAGUAGCUUUGACAGCAUGCACAGUGCAUUCAGAGCCAUUCAGUGGGUAGCCACUGUUAGAAAUUGCGUAAUUCAAAUCUGGUAUUGGAAUAAGAGAAAACAUAAUCAAGAGAUAUUCAAUCCAAGCUAAAUUUAUUAUAUGCAAAAUGUAUGUAUGAUAAGUAUGAUGGUUCGUAUACAGGUUCACUGAAAUACCACGCAGGGCACUCAGAGAACUGACUUCCUCAUUCUAAAUCCUUCCGUAAAUACCCUGACAGUUUUAGUUCCCGCUCUCUGCUGGGCCUAUCAGGGUAGAGGUUGAGCGUGGUUUAGACUUACUCAGCCAAUCCGUUGGCGCACAGGCUGGUCCCAGCCUCUUGGCGCUCCACCGUUGCACACUGUUGCCAGGCAUACGUUUUUAUCAUAACAACCUGUGGAGUUAGCACCCAAAAGACACCAUUCCACUGUACUGUGAGUACCUACAUUCAAGGACGGUUCACAGACAACGGUUCACAGACAACAAAGAGGCAGUGUUCGUAUCUGUAAGAAAUACAAGUCUUAUCUGUCCUACCCCCUAACGUUCCUCACAUGAAUCACAGCUGGUUAUGUGAAACAAUUUAUAUCAGUAUAGUACAAACCUUCUAUGCUUAUCAUUAAUGCAUUCCUUCUAAGCUAUUCAUCACAUACGGAUCCAAUUAUGAGAAAAUAGAUCCCCACACCACACUAUAAACAUAAUUUUACCAGGUUCCCAUAGGGCUGGGCGAUAUGGCCAAAAUAUCAUAUCACUGUAUUUAAAAGAAAUUGGACGGUAUAUGACGGUAUUUUAUGUUUUUGAAUAAUAAAAGUUCUACAUUUUGCUUUAUGGUGCGUGACCCUAGGGUGGCAACACAUACAUUCUAAGUGAUUUUAAAUGGGUCUUUCUCCUUUCUGAUUGUUUUAUACUGUUCAAUUCAACCAAAAAUAAUUAGCAGCACUUUCAUAAUUUCUGCAUUUCCUGCACUAAUUUGAGAUAAUUUCCACAAUUCAUAGGCCUUAUUUUUAACCACAUUUUCUAAUUGCGAUUUGACUUGUGAUUUAGAGCAAAACACUUGGGUGAACUGUUGGCAUCAUGAAAAUAUAAUUAUUCUAAUUCUAUAGUUAGAAUAUAAUAGUGGGCACUUUGAAUACAGUGUUGUUUGACAUGACAACAAAUGAAAAUGCCAGGGAGGCGUUAUUGUGACAGGGUAGGAACCAAAAUUGUUGAUAAGUGUUUCCUAGGGGAUCCAAUAAUCUUUGGCUACAUUGAAUGUUUUCUCUUAGCUACUUCAUGUAGUUAACAUAUUCAUGCUUCGAAUAUUCCUCUUUGGUUUAGAAGAUACUGUUGCACAAACAACAUGCUGAUUUAGGUCUACACCAUCUGACUACAUUUAUUAACUAGCAAGCGAUUAGCAUUAGCAGCUAACAAGAUUUAGGCCCAACUUGCUAAGAAAAUACAAACUAGCUGUUUUCAGAUAUAAGAAACACAAACUAAUAGUGUAGUUAUAGAACGCUAGUGGAUUUAUAUUAAGAAGCAAAGUGUAAACAGCAUCCUUGUCAUCAACAUUGUUGCAUGUGCUGCAUGCAGACUGAAUGCAAGUGUCUCGUGGUUGAGGAACAACGCAUGCGCUCCUUGAGUGACGGGGCGAGGCUAGGUCUGUGUGGAAAGCAGCAUGGAGAGAGAGCGGAGACAGAUGACUCAAGUAGCGAAGUAAACUAUAAAAAUGUACGUUACACACGGCGUAUCACAUUUAACAAGCCAAACACUCAAAUACCGUUAGAGAAGGUAAAGUAAAAACCCAAACCGGUCCGUGCAUCAAUUCCGGUAUAUCGUAAAAUACGGUAUACCACCCAAUCCUAGGUUCCUGUGAAGCAAUUGUAAUGACAGCCCACCACAAUAUACCCAAGAGUUUCCUGAUGAGCCAGGGUAGUCUGUGUUUAAUUUCAUGGUGUAUUAAAAACACAUAUUGAGAUCAUUGUGAAGGGAUUUCGCUUGUGGUUCGAAGGGGGAAUUUGGCUUCCUGGGAUAAUGUUAGAGGUUGCAAUAGUGGGGCGGCAGGUAGCUUAGUGGUUAAGAGCGUUGUGCCAGUAGCCGAAAGGUCACUGGUUCUAAUCCCCGAGCCGACUAGGUGAAAAGUCUGUGCCCUUGAGCAAGGCACUUAACCCUAAUUGCUCCUGUAAGUCGCUCUGGAUAAGAGCGUCUGCUAAAUGACUAAAAUGUAAUAAUGUAACCAAGUGGGGGGGGGGCUUAGCGAAGGGUCAAUGUACUGAAAGGGAAGCAGCUGCCAGAGGCAGGGUGUGACUCACUGCUCGGGCUGUGGUGCCAACCGGCUGACGGUCACUAUGACCUUUUCACUUCCCAUUCAACAAGACUGCCACGUCAGUUAGAAGAACCCAUAGUCUAGUCAACUACGCCCCUGGUGAAAUUUCUCAGAGGAACGGAUCCUAGCUUCAGCUUCCCCUCCCCCAAUCCUGACCUUAACUAUUAAUGGGGAAACUGACCCAAGAUCAUCGUCUAGAGGCAACUUCACCCUGCACCGUGAACCACACCACCACUCAGACACCAGAUGGAUUGGUAGCGCUUUAGAUGCCAAAAGAGCUGAAUACUUGCCUGGUCCCAGAUCUGUUUGUGCUACGAUGAAAAUAACCAUAGGCGUUGGCAAGAGCGCACAAACAGAUCUGGGACCAGGCUAACUGAAUACUGUGUACUCCUGAUUUGAAACGACAGUAAACGAUACAACUUCAGCAUUAUAGAUUUUUGGGUGUUUUGACAUAACAAAAGUUUGGAAGAGAAGAUUGGUGUGUACAGUAUGAGUAGAUUGUUCAUGUACUGGUGCUGUAUCCUAUAACGUUGACUUCUAGAUUAACACAUAAUAUGGGCAGAGGUGUUUGAGGAAUGCUUGUGAAACCAAUGUGUGAAUGUUUCUACUCAAACUUUGAUAGCAAUUUUUUGAAUUGUGACAUGAUCGGCGAGAUAUCGCUCACAUCAUAUCAAGCCAAAGAAUUACAGGAAGUGUGUGUGCACUUGUGUGACCCCGAUGGUAUCAAUCUCUCUGUUUUUGCAGAAGCUCUUGACUUUCGCUUACUUCCUCAUAGUCUCCAGAGUUUAGUUUGGGCCUCUGUCUUCCAGACGUAUAUCUUUUAUCACUGCCCAGAGCCAAGAUAGAUGAAAGCCCACAGAUCGGAAAUGCUCCCAGUGACGUCCGUUCCCACUCUGUGCAGUCUCUAAGGAUGCGUCCCAAAUGGCACCCUACUCCCUAUGUAGUGCACUACUUUUGACCAGGACCCAUAGGGCUCUGGUCAAAAGUAAUGCACUAUGUAGGGAAUAUGGUGCCAUUUGGUACGUUGCCUAGUAGUUGGCCCUGAAUAUGAAUCAGACAGUGAGUCUGUGACGGUGUAGUGUUGGCUUCUGAUCCUAAUCAGCAUUGAUAAGGGAAGAUUUCCAUGUCACAAGUGAUCACUCAGAACAGGGAGUAGGUUCCAGGUUCUAGUCUACUCCUCAUGCUUAUGGAUGAGCACAGACAGAGGGAGGGAUGGAAGGAGGGAGAGUUCGGGGCUGGGGGAAGUGUAAUAUCCAUAUUUGUAGUGUUUUAUAAGUAGAAUAUACGUCAGCGUUAUUAAUCAAUGUUUUCUCUAUUGCCUUACGGGGACCAUCAGCGUUUCAUUAGCGUUUUCUUUCUCACACACACACUCUCUGCGUGUCAGUUGCAAUUCACCCAACCCUUGUCCUCUUGGGUAGCCUGUGGUCAUCCUUGGUUACCACUGUCACAUAGCAUAUAUCCAGUGCAGACCUCUCUCUGUCUGUCUCUGUCUGUCUCUCUCACUCUGUGUCAGAUCAGCGUCAGAAUUAUUACAGGAUGUACCUAACACAUGUCACCUUGUCCCAGCCUUGAACAAACCCUGAACAACCACAGGGGGAAAAAAGGAACAAUUGAGGGGGAGAAUGUUCAGCCUGUCACAAACUCAUGGUCAUUUUCUUUACCGAUCAGCCCCUGGGUGCUGGGAGCAGCGGGCAGCCCCCCUAUGGCCUCCAUGGUAACCUUUGCUUCCAUCGUGGAGGAGGAGAAACAGCAGGAGGCUGCACUGAUCCGCAGCCGAGAGAAACCGCUGGCACUCAUUCAGGUAAAGUGUGUGUGUGUGCAUGCAGAAAUGGGUAGCUGAUGUUGACUAUGCACACUGUGCUUUUCCUUUCAUUUUCUUUCACUGUGAGAUUGUCUACCGAACUCACGUACUCAGCCAAAUUAUUCAGUACCUUGAUAAAUGCCUCCCUACUCACAGGAAAUCUGAAGGACUUGUAGAUCAGCUGUUGAUAUUCAACCCUAAUGUUUGUGUGUCCCCCUCUCUCUCCUCCUCGCAGAUUGAGGAGGCAGCGAUCCAAGAGCUUUUGCAUCACUACGGUGCCCUUAACAACCCUGACGAGAUGAUUGUGGUGGAGCGGUCUGUCCAGGGGCCCAUCGCCACCCCCUUCUGGAACAAACAC